GAAAAAGAAAAAGAAAAAAAAACAAUGGAAUUGGAUUGCCAUUUUACCAAUUGUUUUCCACCUUUUUCAUUCAUGGGAAGUAGUAUCUUUUCACUAGCCACAACACAGGUUUGAUCCCCUGAGAAAAUGGGGAUAUGGGAUACCAUUUCUGGGACACUGAAACGGAGCGCGCCGGCUUUAACGCCCCUGAAGAGCUGGGGGCUGAAACGGAACGCGCCGGAUCUAACGGCCCUGAAGAGGUGGUUCCCCUCAACCGAUUCGCUCAAGCACAACGCGCCGGAUCUAACGGCCCUGAAGAGCUGGUUCCCCUCAACCGAUUCGCUCAAGCGCAACGCACCUGAUGGAACAGCUGUCAAGAACGCGUGCUCCGCCGUCAGGGAUAAUGUGAUCCCCUACUUUCGAAGCGAGGAAGCGCGGUCCAAGAUCGCCCAAGUUGGCACGAUCGUCGCUAAAAACGCAACCUAUGAGGGCCUCAAAUUCGUUCCAGGUGGAAAUGCAUUGUAUAACUUUGCUGCCAGCUGCGUCCAUGACUAUAACAAUUCCAACAAACAGGAAGUCGAUGUGAAAGAAUUGCAGGCUAAAGUAUUGAGACUAGAGAAAGAAUUGGGUGAACUCGGGGAAAGGAAUAAGGAGUCUCCCAGCAUGACCAAUAAGGCUUGGGAGCAGGCAAUUAAUUCUGAAGAUGUGAUCGAUCAGUGUCUUUAUGAUGAUGAAGGAGUUCUUGAGCAGGCAAUGCCUGAUCCGGUUGCACCCGGCCAGGAAGAAGGGCGGAGUGACAAGUACGAGAGUAAAUAAGACGGGGGAAUGGUUUUGCCUCGUUUGAAGCUUUGUGGUUGGGUCUAGCUUGCUCUAUGUAAAAUUAUGACUUAUCUUUACUACUAUAAAUGGAGGCCAUCUUUUGGUGUUAAAGGACUUCACCAAAUUUUGAAGUACCUAUAAUAUCCUUCAA